AUGGAGAGUCCGAGCCUGGGGGGCUGCGGAACUGCCCCCUCGGUCGUCGGCCGUGAGCGCCUAGUCCCAGACCGGCCGUGUGACCUCCGGCAAGAAGAUGUUGCUCUGGGGUCAGAGAGAGUGGGAGAGGAUGAAAAACAAAUGGGGAUGAAAAGCAGCAGUGAUUGUAAUCCCCCACUACAAGAGCCUAUUGCUUCUGCUCAAUCUGGUGGGAAUGCAGUGACAGAGUGCCGAAAGUCUGUACCGUGCGGAUGGGAAAGAGUUGUGAAGCAAAGGUUAUCUGGGAAAACAGCAGGCAAAUACGACAUAUAUUUCAUCAGCCCACAGGGACAGAAGUUCAGAUCCAAAAGUUCACUUGUUAAUUAUCUUCACCAAAGUGGAGAGACUACUCUUAAGCCAGAAGACUUUGAUUUUAGUGUACGUCCUGAAAGGCGCAUCAAGUCAGGAUGUAAAGACCGAAACACAGCUUCUCUGACAUCCCAACUGCAAGACCAAAGUAAUGGUUCAAACCGGAACCUCAGGACACGAAGCAGGUGGAAAAAAGAUGCGUUUCCCCUGCCAAGUGCUAGUUUGGAGUUGCAGGAUAGCGGAGAACUACCUAACUUGAAAGAAGAUGACGGUGUUCAUGAUAUUGCCUCCAAAAAGGUUAGAAAGUCCAAAAGAAAGGUGACUGUUUUGAAAGAGAUUCAAACUAAGAAAACAAGGUGCUGUGAGAGUCUUCCAGAUCCUGUCCAAAGUAACGGGGAGUCUCAAAGUGAACCUGCCGCACAGGAAAGUCACCUUGAGGGUACUUGCUGCAUCUCUGAUGCCAGAGCCAGCGACCAGGCCCUCAGUGUGACCACUGAAGAGGAGAGGCUUGGUAAAAAACAAUCGUCGUGUUUGGGACCAAAUGUUGAACACAUCCCUUCUGGCAUCGUAAGCAAAUUACGUUCGGCCAAAGAAGUAGAACCCAGCAAUAAGUGUGAGGACACCUUUUUAGAAUCUGAAAAAAUAAGAACCAAAGUAGAAGCUGGAGAGAGGAAGGAGCAUUUGCAUAGGGACAUUUCAGAAGGUAGCUCUGAAACAGAUGACAGCUCACAAACAGAGAAAAACCCUACGUCUGCGAAAGUAUCUCAAGAAGACACCGUCCCACGGACACAAAUAGAAAAAAGGAAAACAAGCCUGUAUUUUUCCAGCAAAUACAAUAAAGAAGCUCUUAGCCCCCCACGACGCAAGGCCUUUAAGAAGUGGACACCUCCGCGGUCACCUUUUAAUCUCAUCCAGGAAACUCUUUUUCAUGAUCCAUGGAAGCUCCUCAUUGCAACUAUAUUUCUCAAUCGAACCACAGGCAAAAUGGCCAUCCCUGUGCUCUGGCAGUUUCUGGAGAAGUACCCUUCCGCUGAGGCAGCGAGGACUGCAGACUGGAGAGAUGUUUCAGAACUUCUUAAACCUCUUGGUCUCUAUGAUCAUCGAGCGAAAACCAUUAUCAAGUUCUCCGAUGAAUACCUGACGAAGCAGUGGAGGUACCCGAUCGAGCUUCAUGGGAUCGGCAAGUACGGCAAUGACUCCUACCGGAUUUUCUGCGUCAAUGAGUGGAAGCAGGUACACCCUGAAGACCAUAAGUUAAAUAAAUAUCAUGACUGGCUUUGGGAAAAUCACGAGAAAUUAAGUCUAUCUUAA